AUGCCAUUAGGAAUUGAACUCUGUGCAGGACAAGUAUCGAACAGUUCACAAUGUCAACCUGAAGCAUGCAGUGCUCGAGUUGUACCUUGCUCAACUAAUUUGGACUGUCAAUGCCUUCCACUUAGCUCAGGCGUAAAUGGUAUAUGUGCUGCAUGGCUGCAAUGCUCUAGUUUAACGCCAUGCGCUAGUGAUAAUGCAACAUGUGCAGUGCCAUACACUGUUUGUGUUCUGAGUAAUCGCUGUGGCAAGGCAGUGUGCUAUCCACUAGCACUGGCCGCUCCUCAAGUUUGUCCACAAGUCAAUUCAAAUGCAACGGUAUCAACAGUUCCAACAACUUCAGCAAACACUACCGGGAGAACGACGGUGGUAACACAAACUACAAUAAAAUCAACAACAACAACAGCGAGAACAACGGUGGUAACACAAACUACAAUAAAAUCAACAACAACAACAGCGAGAACAACGGUGGCAACACAAACUACAAUCAAAUCAACAACAACAACAGCGAGAACAACGGUGAUAACACAAACUACAAUAAAAUCAACAACAACAACAGCAAAAACAACGGCGACAACGCAAACUACAACAAAAGCAACAACAGGAUCAACGAGUAAGCAGAUUAGAUUUUAA